UGGUGCCGCUGAGAAACGGUUCGCUUCAGACUUUCUCCUCCAUCACUUCCUCCUGGGCACCAAUGUGCUGCAGGGGGGCGAGCUGCGAGGAGCCGGCCGCUCAAGUGCGAUGCUGCAGCGGGCAGUGAGGAGCGCUUGGCCAGCUCAGACCAGGAGGGGACCCACGGUACCUGCAGCACGAGAGCAACAAUGGUCACGGCGUCUAAACUUUCCCACGCAUCUCUAGCUGGAGUAACGGAUGGCUGAUCGAACUUCUCCUUGGCUGAUGGGAUCUUAGCAACGGACAGUUUGUUUCUUUUGUUUUCUUCCAGCACCUUUGUCCCGGUAUAGAUAUCUGUCCCGGGCGGAAAUCUGGCGCACUGUCCCGCUGCGGCUCGUAGACUGCCUCUUUAAAUAUCACAGCCAAACAGCGGAGGUUAACAUGGGGGCAAAGCAGAGCAGCCCCUCGCCCAACUCUGCCGCUAACGGACGAACCAGAGCCUACUCUGGUUCGGACCUUCCGUCCUCUACUUCCAGCAGCGGCGGCAGGACCUCUGCAGCGGGGGUUGGGGGGCGGUACUGCGCACACGGCGUGUCCAGAGGCAGUGGAGCCGCGUCCAACUCCGGUCACCCACACGGAGCCAGGCCCAGGUCCGCGGGGGUCUCCGGGGGUCCUGUCGCCAGAGCUCAGUCCGGCAUCAGCAUACCGAGCAGCGGUGGCGUCUACAACUCACCGGAGUCCGGUGGCAGCAGCCCGGAGGAGGCGGCGGACAGGGACCGAAGAGGGAACGAUGGUCAUCGGCUGGUGAUAGGAUCAUUACCCGCUCACCUGUCGCCUCACCUGUUCGGAGGGUUCAAGUGUCCAGUGUGCUCCAAGUAUGUGUCCUCGGAUGAGAUGGAUCUUCACCUGGUUUUGUGUUUAACCAAACCACGCAUCACGUAUAACGAGGACGUCCUGUCAAAGGAUGCAGGAGAAUGUGCAAUCUGCCUGGAGGAGCUGCAGCAGGGAAACACCAUUGCCCGCCUGCCCUGCCUCUGCAUCUAUCACAAAGGCUGUAUCGACGAGUGGUUUGAGGUGAACAGAUCGUGUCCGGAGCACCCAGCAGAUUAAAGCCUCCUUUGCACAGGUAACCCACUCUGACAGAAUGAAGCUCGGAUCCAGCCAGACUGUCGGACCCCGCCAACACUGUGAUUGGCUGACCCACCCGACCCCUUCCCAAACAGCCAACCGCACGGUGUAGAACCGCAGUAUGCCAAAUCUCUUUGGAGGAACCUUCAGGGAUAUAAACUUUGUGUGUGUG